CCAAGCGGCUGCCGAAGAUGGUGGAGGUACAGGUCCUGGUGCUUGAUGGUCGAGGCCAUCUCCUGGGCCACCUGGCGGCCAUCGUGGCUAAACAGGUACUGCUGGGCCGGAAGGUGGUGGUUGUGUGCUGUGAAGGCAUCAACAUUUCUGGCAAUUUCUACAGAAACAAGUUGAAGUGCCUGGCUUUCCUCCGCAAGCGGAUGAACACCAACCCUUCCCGAGGUGCCUACCACCUCCGGGCCCCCAGCCGCAUCUUCUGGCGGACCAUGCGAGGUAUGUUGCCCCACAAGACCAAGCCAGGCCAGGCCGCUCUGGACCGCCUCAGGGUGUUUGACGGCAUCCCACCGCCCUACGACAAGAAAAAGCGGAUGGUGGUUCCUGCUGCCCUCAAGGUUGUGCGUCUGAAGCCUGCAAGAAAGUUUGCCUAUCUGGGGCGCCUGGCUCACGAGGUUGGCUGGAAGUACCAGGCAGUGACAGCCACCCUGGAGGAGAAGAGGAAAGAGAAAGCCAAGAUCCACUACCCGAAGAAGAAACAGCUCAUGAGGCUAUGGAAACAGGCCGAGAACAACGUGGAGAAGAAAAUUGACAAAUACACAGAAGUCCUCAAGACCCACGGACUCCUGGUCUGAGCCCAAUAAAGACUGUUAAUUCCUCAAAAAAAAAAAAAAAAAAAUCAGUGCUUGAGAUAUUUUGCAGACCCUGCACUUGGUGGAUCAGCUGGCACCACCCAGAUCAAUAAACUGGCUUAUCUGAUCUUGUGGCCCCCACCCAGAACUGACUCUGAAAGAAGACGGCUCCGACUUCCUACGAUUUCAUCUCUAACCAAUCAGCACUCCUGGCUCACUGGCUUCCCCUCAUCUGCCAAAUUAUCCUUAAAAAUUCUGCUCCCCAAAUGCUCAGGGAGGCUGAUUUGAGUAAGAAUAAAACUCCAGUCUCCUGCA